AAAAAUGGUAACAAUCGGAACAGGCCUGUAAAGUUGAGGCAGAAAGGGCCCAUAAUCUGGAAUCAAUUCGUUUGAACUCCGGAAAAGGCUAAAAGCCAAUUUUCCGAUUGGAAUUUUCUUUUAUUCGCAACUUCCAACUACCGAUGGCAAGAGUCACGUUUUUUUCAUUCUUCCCUCCCACUCUUUUACACACAAUGACGAAAAAACCGUUACUCUGUUCGCUCCUUCUCCUCCUUGCCGUUCUUGCCGUCGCCGGAGCCACCUCUCCCGGUGUUGAGCUUGACUACUCCAAGCUCUCCGGCAUUAUAAUCCCUGGCUUCGCUUCCACUCAGCUCCGAGCAUGGUCCAUUCUUGACUGUCCGUACUCUCCCCUCGAUUUCAACCCUCUCGAUUUGGUCUGGCUCGACACAACCAAACUUCUUUCUGCUGUCAAUUGCUGGCUUAAGUGCAUGGUGCUGGAUCCGCACAACCAGACUGACCAUCCGGAUUGCAAGUCCCGCCCUGAUAGUGGUCUUUCUGGUAUUACAGAACUUGAUCCAGGUUAUAUAACAGGACCUCUUUCAUCGGUUUGGAAAGAAUGGAUUAAAUGGUGUAUUGAAUUUGGCAUAGAAGCUAAUGCAAUAAUUGCUGUUCCAUAUGACUGGAGAUUGUCGCCCGCCAUGCUUGAAGAGAGGGACCUUUAUUUUCAUAAGCUAAAAUUAACAUUUGAAACUGCUUACAAACUUCGUGGUGGACCUUCUAUAGUUUUUGCCCAUUCCUUGGGUAAUCACGUUUUCCGUUAUUUCUUAGAGUGGUUGAAGCUAGAGAUUGCACCAAAGCAUUAUAAUGAGUGGUUGGAUCAGCAUAUUCAUGCCUAUUUUGCUGUUGGAGCUCCCUUUCUUGGAGCAAUUGAAACCAUUGAAGCAACUCUUUCUGGAUUCACCUUUGGUCUUCCUAUAUCUGAGGGAACAGCGCGGUUGAUGUUCAACUCCUUUGGUUCAGCACUAUGGAUGCUGCCUUUUUCCAAGUACUGUAGAACAGAUAAUAAAUAUUGGAAGCAUUUUUCUGGGGGAAGGCAUGCUGGUCAACCAACAUAUAAAUGUGACGAGCAGGAGUUUCAGUCAAACUUUUCUGGGUGGCCAACAAAAAUAAUCAACAUUGAAAUUCCUUCAACACAUGCAUUUGAUGCAUACCCGUCAUUCUCCGAAAUACCGGAGUCCAACUUGUCCAGCAUGGAGUGUGGGCUACCGACUCAAUUAUCAUUCUCAGCUCGUGAAAUAUCAGAUGGCACCUUUUUCAAGGCAAUUGAAGAUUAUGACCCAGACAGCAAGAGGAUGCUACAGCUGUUACAAAAAUCAUAUCUUGGUGAUCCUGUUCUUAAUCCCCUUACACCUUGGGAGCGGCCACCAAUCAAAAAUGUCUUCUGCAUUUAUGGGUCUGAUUCAAAGACAAAGGUUGGUUACUAUUUUGCUCCUAGUGGCAAGCCUUACCCCGAUAACUGGAUCAUUACGGAUGUCAUGUAUGAGUUUGAAGGAUCUCUAAUCUCUAGGUCAGGGACUCUGGUUGAAGGGAAAAUUGGACCUAUAAGUGGCGAUGAGACGGUGCCAUAUCUCUCCCUUUCCUUGUGCAAGGACUGGCUUGGACCAAAAGUGAACAUAACAAGAGCGCCUCAGUCAGAGCAUGAUGGUUCAGAUGUACAGAUUCAAUUGAAUGUGGAACAUCACCAUGAAGAAGAUAUUGUUCCAAAAAUGACAAGAUUGCCAAGGGUGAAGUACAUAACAUAUUAUGAAGAUUCUGAAAGUCUUCCUGGAAAGAGGACAGCAGUUUGGGAGCUUGAUAAAGCAAAUCACAGGAACAUAGUUAGAUCACCAGUGCUAAUGAGGGAACUAUGGCUUGAGAUGUGGCAUGAUAUCCAUCCUGAUGCAAAAUUAGAGUUUGUAACAAAAGCUAAGAGAGGUCCUUUAAGACACGAGGACUGUUAUUGGGAUUAUGGGAAGGCUCGUUGUGCGUGGCCCGACUACUGUGAAUAUAGAUAUGUUUUUGGGGAUGUUCACUUGGGACAAAGCUGUAGGUUGAGAUAUACUACUGCUGAAGUGUUGUCACAUUAUUUGUAAAUAACAAGGUGCACAUCCUUUACGGUUGGUUAGUCCAGUGACCACUUUUCACUUGUCUUCCAUGAUAAAUAAUACGUCAGAAUGGUGGGAGAUCUGUAGAGCUGUAUUGUUCAACUAGUUGACAGUUUUCUUGAUCUAGAAAACAUGAUAUGGAAAAUGAUAAUACGAAUAGUGUAGGUGAUAGUAGUGUAAAUGAAAACAUUUGUUCUCUGAUAUACUGUAACGUGGACAUUCUUGUAUUACUCACAGUUCAAUGAUAAAUGUCCUCAGGGAAGAUAAAUUUUAUGUAAUGUUUUGAUAACAUUUGGAAUAAGAUUAAUUUUCUUGAUCUGCA